AGUCUGUUUCUGUGGAAUUGUUUCUGUGCUGAUGGAUUAUGAGACCAAGAUUUUCCCUCAUUUUGGCGGUUAUGGACGCUACAACAGAGUCGUGGUCAUAUUCAGCUGGUUUCCGAGCUUCGCCGUCGUACUUAAUCUGUUUCGUGAUGUUUUUUACACUCGUAUCCCGGACACGUACCGCUGUAAAACCGACCCCGAGCUUCUGCCCGCCGCUUUACUCCUGAGAAACUUCUCCGCACACGUAUACUUGAACCUCACCGUCCCCUGGGUGGACGGUUCCGGCCCGAGCCAGUGCGAACUGUACAAGUACCCACCAAACACCUCGGACUUUGGAGAAACUGUACCGAGGGAGAAGGUGUCCUGUACCAGAGGGUGGGAGUACUCCAGUGCCGCGGGGCUGAAGACCAACUUUGUCACCGAGUUUAACCUGGUCUGCAGUGACUACUGGAAAGUCCCUCUGCAGCAUAUCUGCUUCAUGACAGGAUGGAUUCUGGGGUACAUCCUCCUUGGCACCUUGUGCGACUGGUUGGGCCGUCGGCGAGGUUUCCUCCUGUCCAUCAGUCUGUCCAGUCUGUUAGGAGUAGUGGUGUGCAUGUCCAACAGUGCUGUGGUGUUCCUCCUGCUGCAACUCUCUCAGGGUGCCAUGCUUGCUGGCGUUUUUGUGUCCUCAUAUGUUGCUAGACUCGAGCUCUGUGACCCUCCAAAUCGUCUCAUGGUCACCAUGGUCAGCAGCUUCUUUGGUGUAUUUGCAGAGCUGCUGUUGCCUGGCUUGGCUGUUUUGAGCGGUGAUUGGCCCAUUCUCCAGGCGAUGGCCACAUUACCUCUGCUCUUGCUGCUCUCCUAUUGGUGCUGUUCAUCAGUGUUUCCGGAGUCUCCUCGCUGGCUGCUGGCAACAGCACAGAUCCCACAUGCAAAGAGAAGCCUCCAGGAAUUCUCCACCAGGAAUGGUGUGUGUUUACAGGAUGAACUCUACCCUGGUCAAAGUUUACUGUCAGAGAUAGAUGUGGCAUAUGGGGAAGACUGUCGGGCAGAGUACUUCUCAGUUCUGGAGCUUCAUGGGACUCGUGUAAUCUGGAAGAACUGCCUCAUCCUCAGCUUCACACUGUUCAUUGGAACAGGCAUUCAGUACUGUUUUACCAGAAACCUGCACAGAUAUUCCAGCAGCUUCUAUUUCAGCUACUUCCUCAGAGUGGCAACCGGAGCUUUGGCGUGCAUCUUCAUCUGCUUGUCUGUUGAUCACUUUGGUCGGCGUUUUAUUCUUCUGCUUUCUGCCAUCAUCACUGGAUUAUCAUCAUUGCUUCUGCUGGCGCUCACUCAAUAUCUGCGUGGCGGCCUGGUCUUGGUGCUGUCUCUGGUGGGGCUGCUGUCUUCUCAGGCUCUCGCCAUGCUCAGUACGUUCUUUGCCAGUGAGGUCAUGCCGACUGUUGUUCGGGGCGGUUGCCUGGGCCUGGUGCUGGCAGCGGGGUGCGUUGGAAUGGCCGCCUCCUCGCUGAUGGAGCUCCAGAAUAAAGGCGGAUACUUCCUCCACCAUGUUGUCUUCUCCUCCUUCGCCGUUCUCUCUGUGCUCUGCAUCAUGGUUCUCCCUGAGAGCAAACGUAAGCCCCUUCCAGACUCGAUGAAGGACGGCGAGAACCAGCGGCGGCCACCUCUCUUCAUGUCCCGACCGAACAGGGACGACUUGCCAUUACUGUCUCCCCAGCCCGCUCUGUCGGACUACAACCCUGACAGCUACUCCCGCUUGGUCGCUGCCACCAGACGAAUGUUGAAUAAAGAUAAUCUGCCGUAUAAGUUAGCUGUGCCAGGUUGUUCUCCUCUGCUGUCAGAGAGUGACCCCCCUAACGGGGAGCUGGUACACGAGAUCGAGACACUAAAAGAGGUGAUGACUUAAAUCUAAGACCCUCCUCUGUACAGACGAGCAUGACACAAAAACACAUUCUCCUCCCUCUGGAUGGACCUCUGACAGACUCACUGCUGCUCGUCUAGUCGCAGCUGCUGGUCCAGAACUGAGCCACUGACCUCAAAUCUGAUGGACUGCACUUCUCAGUGAAGUAUCAACUGAAGUCAUGUUUUCUUUUUACUCAUAUAGAUUCACAUUAACGAUGACUGUUCCCUUAAAAAACAGACAGACAAAACAAAAAGUUCAAGUGAUUUGUGAAGGUAGCAAAUGAAUUUUAUCUGAGAGCCUGUGUUUGAUGUCCAUCUGAGUGUGACUGCCAUUGGUCCUCAGAGCUGCAGCACCUGUCUGUUGAUAACUCAUGAAUUUUUCCUCAAGUCUGAUUCACUGUUUUCUCAAUGCUGACAGCAGCACAACACACAUUUAUACACUCAGGUCCAUAAGAGGUCAAACACUGACUUUUUUUUUUUUUUUUGGCUUCUGUUGAGCAGCACAGUGAAUCUGAAAUGAAACACUCAAAAUGUACUUGUAGUGACGACUUCCUGAUUUAAUUCAAGGGGUUUAA